AUUUUAAAAAAUUAAUAAGCAUAUUUUUAUAAAAGAAUUUAAAGCCUUAUAAAAUAUUCAUUAUGUCAUAUGGUGAAAAUAAAUCAAUUAAUAAUGCACUUAAUAGGUCAUAUGCAUUAUUAGAUAACACUCUUAAUAGUGAUACAUUUUAUGAACUUAGAAAACAAAUACUUCUUGAUGAUGAAUCACUUACGGAAAAUGAAAAAUCUGAAGCAAUAAGAAUAAUAACUAAAAUUUAUGAUUAUGCCAAACUUCUUUUUAAUGAAGGAACAAAAAGAAUUUGUGAAAAUUGUAGCCAAGAAUGUUUAGCCAUAACAUAUUGUGAAUAUUGUGUUCGAAAUUAUUUAAAAGCAAAUUUUUCAAAUUGGACAUCUGGGAAUGUUAUUAUUGAUAAUUUAAUACAAGAAUGUCAAAUGAAGACAAUUAAUCCAGACUUAAUACCAGAAUGGAUUCCAUAUAAUAAUCUACAAAAUAUUGAAUAUCUAACAAAAGGUGGAUUUUCAGAAAUUUAUACAGCAGCCUGGAUUAAUGGAGCAUAUUAUGAAUGGGAUUCUGAAGGGCAAAAAUUAAAAAGACUUAGAGAAACUGGUUUAGUACAAGCAGUAAUACUUAAAAAAUUAGAAAAUGUUGAAAAUGCAAAUCAAAAUUGGAUUGAAGAGGCUAAAUCACAUUUAAAUAUAAGCAAUAAAUGGGGCGAGAUUGUCCAAUGUUAUGGAUUAACACAAGAUCCAUCAAAUGGAGAUUAUAUGCUUGUAAUGAAUAAGAUGAAUAUAGAUUUAAGAAAAUAUUUACAACAAAAUCAUAAUCAACUUACAUGGAAAGAAAGAAUUCAAAUUGUUACUUAUAUAACUCUUGCACUUCAAAGAAUUCAUGAAGAAAAUGCAAUUCAUAGAGAUUUGCAUUCUGGAAAUAUAUUAUUUAAAAAUAGAUUUAGUAUUAGUGAUCUUGGAUUUUGCGGACCUGCAGAUAAACCAUUAAAAAGUAUAUAUGGAAAUCUUCC